AAUCCAGGAAGUGGGUCGCUCGCUGUUGUUUGUGUUCGUUGGUCGCUCUUCGUGUCUGUUUUUCUGAUUCAAUUCAGCGCUUUUUGCGGGACGAAAUGGCGACGUUUAUUUCAGUCCCGUUAAAAAAAUCCUCUGAGGUGGAUCUGGUGAAACCGCUGGCGAAAUUUGUCAUAGCUUCAUACCCAGCGGCCGAGGAGCAGGGAGAGUAUGUCCGCGCCGUGGAGGAGCUCAACAAGCUCCGCAAGAACGCGCUGGGAAGGCCGCUGGACAAACACGAGAGCUCCCUGGAGAUUAUUCUCAGAUACUAUGACCAACUGUGUGCUGUCGAACCCAAGUUUCCCUUCUCUGAAAACCAGCUCUGCUUAACCUUCACAUGGAAGGAUGCCUUUGAUAAAGGAUCGCUGUUUGGCGGCUCAGUCAAGCUCGCUUUGGCCAGUUUGGGCUACGAGAAGACGUGCGUGCUGUUCAAUGUCGCAGCUCUGGCCAGUCAGAUCGCUGCAGAGCAGAAUCUGGACAACGACGAGGGACUGAAGGCUGCUGCCAAAUACUAUCAGCUGGCCAGUGGAGCGUUCGGUCACAUCAAGGACACGGUGCUCUCUGCUCUGAACAGGGAGCCCACCAUGGACAUCUCCCCCGAGACUGUAGGCACUCUGAGCCUCAUCAUGCUGGCCCAGGCCCAGGAGGUCUUCUUCCUCAAAGCCACGUCAGAUAAGAUGAAGGAUGCUGUCAUUGCAAAGCUGGCCAAUCAAGCGGCAGAUUUCUACGGCGACGCCUUCAAGCAGUGCCAGUACAAAGACAACCUCCCCAAGUAUUUUUAUUUUCAGGAAGUGCUGCCGGUGCUGGCGGCCAAGCACUGCAUCAUGCAGGCCAACGCCGAGCUGCACCAGAGCGUCCUGGCCAAGCAGAAGAAGCGCUUUGGAGAGGAGAUCGCUCGUCUGCAGCACGCAGCAGAGCUGGUGAAGACGGUGGCGUCUCGCUACGACGAGUAUGUGAGCGUCAAGGACCUGAGUGACAAGAUUAACCGAGCUCUCGCCGCAGCCAAAAAAGACAAUGACUUUAUCUACCAUGACCGUGUGCCUGAAGUCAAGGACCUGGAGCAUAUCGGCAAGGCAGCGCUGGUCAAAGCUACCGCCAUCACACCUCCAAUCAGCCAGAAAUUCACAGACUUGUUUGAGAAGAUGGUUCCCAUGGCGGUGCAGCAGUCCAUGAGCAUUUACAACCAGAGAAAGGGGGAGACUGUGAACAGACUGGUGGGAACGAUGAGGGAGGCUACCAAUCUCUGCAACGGGGUGUUGGCAUCCCUAAACCUGCCAGCUGCUCUGGAGGACCUGUCCGGAGACUCUAUCCCACAAUCCAUUGCUGAGAAGGCCAGAUCCAUUGUGCAACAGGGAGGACUGCAGAGCAUCGAGCAGCUAAUCAGAGACCUGCCUGAACUGUUGACUCGCAACAGGGAGAUCCUGGACGAGUCUCUGAAGAUGCUGGACGAUGAAGAGACGACAGACAAUGAGCUGAGAACCAAGUUCAACCAGCGCUGGAACAGAACCCCCUCUGGAGACCUGUACAAGCCCCUUCGUGCAGAGGGUGCUAACUUCCGCAACAUCUUGGACAAGGCGGUGCAGGCCGACCAGGUGGUGAGAGACCGCUACAAUGCCCACUGUGACAUGAUCACCCUGCUGUGUAAACCCGAGAACGAGCUCAACGCUGCCAUCCCCUCCGCCAACCCGACCAAGACACUGCAGGGCAGCGAGGUAGUGAACGUGCUGCGCUCCCAGCUGGCCCAGCUGGACGAGAUAAAGAAGGAGAGGGAGACCCUGGAGGGGGAAAUCAAGGCCGUGACCUUUGACAUGUCCACCACCUUCCUGACGGCGCUCGCCCAGGACGGAGCCAUCAACGAGGAGCAGCUGUCCCUCUCUCAGCUCGACCAGUUGUACAGCGCCUACAACCAGAGGGUGCAGGCCAGCCUCCGCUCACAGGAAGAGCUGCUGGGACAAGUUCAGACGUCCCACCAGGAGUUCAGCAGUCUGAAGCAGUCCAACACGGAGGCCAACCAGAGGGAGGAGGUCCUGAAGAAGCUGGCUUCAGCCCACGACAGCUACGUUGAGAUCAGCAGCAACCUGCGCGAAGGCACCAAGUUCUACAACGACUUGACAGAAAUCCUGCUUAAGUUCCAGAACAAAUGCAGCGACAUCGUUUUCGCUCGUAAGACAGAGCGGGAUGAACUCCUCAAGGAGCUGCAGCAGAGCAUCGCUCGAGAGCCCAGCGCUCCAUCCUUCAACGUUCCUGCCUAUCAGAGCACCCCUGCUACCCCCGGUACCCCCGCUGCCCCUGCUGCCGGCCCAACCCCCGCACCCAGAACCGUCUUUGCCGGGCAGCCUCAACAACCCCAGCCGCCUAAGUCCCAGCCCCCAGCCAGACCACCUCCACCGAACUUCACCCCUCAGGCUGUCGCCACCAAUCCCACCAACACACCGCCCACUGGCGCCCCCAGCAACAACCCACCACCUGUGGCCCCUCCCUCCCAGGCCCAGGGACCACCUUACCCCGCCUACCAAGGCUACCCACAGUACUUCCAGAUGCCCAUGGGCUACAACCCCUACCCUUACGGCCAGUACAACGUGCCCUACAUGCCCUACCAGGCGACCCCAGGACAGGGCGGAUACCCAGGAGCCCCUCCAGCAGGACAGCCCUACCCCGGCUACCCCCAGCAACCGCCCCAGCAACAGCCCUACUACCCUCAGCAAUAACUCUCCUCCUGGUCUCCUCAUUCCUCCUCUCACAUGUUAACACCAAAUAAAAAUAUGUCCCCAGCAAUAACACUUCAUCUCCGUCAGCCCUUCCCCCUCUGAUAUUUUUUCUCACUAACAGCAGCUGUUUGAAGGCGGACCUCAGAGCUGCUUUGCACUUCUCCCUGAAAACCUUCAAUACUUUUGCGUACUUUAUUCCAUACUACCCAAAAAAAAAAA